AUGUGGUUAGUUGCGAAAAACAGUUCCCUGCUGUCAUCUGAUCUGAUGCUGAUCAUUUUACAUAUUGCCUUAAGAAAUUUAAGGGUGUUGGGGUCCAUCGGGCUGAGAACCUCGAUACAUAUUGGCAAGAAUUCCAUCGAGGGGAGGGCGUUCCCAUAUUUUUUCAUUUUCUCGUCCGCUGCCCUGGCCGCGGCCAAACCGUAUUUUUUACUUGUCAGGUUUACGUAUCGUUCGGCGAGGGUGCCAGGGACCGUAACAUCCCACGCCAAACAUCUGCCGGCUCUUCAAGGUAUUAGUGUGCAUCCGUCCGGGCGCCUACCAUCAUGCGCAGAAAUGCCGAAUGGUUCCUUGAGAACCGGGAUUGAAGCCUUGGAGAAGAGCCGACAAAUGGCGGUGCGCAGGGCUCCGUCAAAUUCGCCCAAUUUAGAAGGGUCAAUGUGUUUGGAUGUACGCAGGAAGUACAUCAAUAUGGGCAAACUGAGGGCAUUGCAAAUAAUAGUCAAGGCAUCAUGGGCCGAAAGACAGGAAACACGACCCAGGCAUUCGACAAUAGACGAAAAAUUUACGUUGGCCAAAUGCUGA